GAGCGCUGGAGAGUACAGGGGAACCGGGCUCGAAGUUUCAGCAGACGAGCAACGACCUAGAGAACUGAGAAAACUUUGACAGCGGACCGACCCAGUGUUUUCUAUCUUGUUAAGAAAGUAUUGAUAGGCUAAACCUUGUGGAUUUUACCUUUAGUAAAUCGGUGAAUGGGCAGUACAAUCCUUGGCAGUGUUCUGAGACUGUACAGCUUGCAACUGCUUCUUAAGGACAAUUUAUGAAAUGGACUGUGCAUAAAGAGCAGAAUUUACAUACGGUCGAUUUGACUUUUCGAUAUUUUCCACUGUGUUCGUCCGCUGUUGGUUUUUAAAUUGUUGCAUAAGUGGACUGACUCGGAUCUGCAUAAUUUCGUUACUGACUGAACUUUGCGAAGGAAAACAUGACGGCUGAUAAGGACAAGAAAAGGAACAGUUCGGAGCGGCGGAAGGAGAAGUCUCGUGACGCCGCCCGCUGUCGUCGUAGCAAGGAGACCGAGGUAUUCUACGAGUUGGCACACCAGCUGCCCCUUCCACAUAGCGUCAGCGCUCACCUGGACAAGGCCUCCAUCAUGAGGCUGGCCAUCAGCUUCCUGCGCACGCGGAAGGUCGUCGGCUCAGGCUGCUCCAACACUGCAGAGACCGAUGGGGACCGACAGAUGGACAGUUUGUACUUGAAGUCACUGGAGGGGUUUGUCACCGUGGUAACGUCAGACGGCGACAUGAUCUUCAUCUCGGAAAACAUCAACAAGUUCAUGGGCUUAACACAGGUGGAGUUGACCGGACAAAGCAUCCUCGACUUCACACAUCCCUGCGACCACGACGAGAUACGCGAGAACCUCAGUCUGAAAAGUGGCACUGGCUUUGGUCGGAAGGGGAAAGACAUGAGCACGGAGAGAGACUUCUUCAUGAGGAUGAAGUGCACGAUGACAAACCGCGGACGCACCGUCAACCUGAAGUCAGCCAGCUGGAAGGUCCUGCAUUGCACAGGCCAUCUGAAGGUGUACAACAGCUGUGCCCCUCGUGUGCUUUGUGGGUUUAAGGAGCCCCCCCUCACCUGCCUGGUGAUGAUGUGCGAACCCAUCCCCCAUCCAUCCAACAUAGAUACGCCCCUGGACAGUAAGACCUUCCUGAGUCGCCACAACAUGGACAUGAAGUUCACUUACUGUGAUGAGAGAGUCACCGACUUGAUAGGCUACAGUCCCGAGGACCUGCUGGGACGCUCAGUGUACGAUUUCUACCACGCCCUGGACUCGGACAGCGUCACCAAAAGCCACCAGAACUUGUGCGCUAAGGGACAGGCAGUGAGUGGACAGUAUCGCAUGUUGGCCAAACACGGAGGCUAUGUGUGGGUGGAGACCCAGGGCACCGUCAUCUACAACACCCGUAACUCUCAGCCGCAGUGCAUUGUCUGCGUCAACUAUGUCCUCAGUGAAGUGGAGAACAAGUCCAUGAUCUUCUCCAUGGACCAGACUGAAUCUCUACUCAAACCCCACCACAUGAACAGCUUAUUUAGCCAAACGGGGUCCACGGAGCCAAAGGAGACCCUGUUCGCCAAACUGAAAGAGGAGCCAGAGGAUCUGACUCACCUGGCCCCCACACCUGGAGACACCAUCAUCUCCCUCGACUUUGGAAGGUCACCAUUUGAGGAGACUCAACCUCCUCUGUACCCCAAGAUGUCUCCCAUGGCCCCACCCACUCCUCAGGACUGGGGCAGUGAUGCACACAAGCCCUGUCAGGCGGGAGACAUGUCGAGCCACAUGGCUGCAACGUUCACGGUGGCCCAGGAUCCCACCCCGGGAAGUGCCACUCCCAGUACUGCCACCCCCAGUCUAAGCAGCUGCUCCACGCCCAGCAGCCCAGGAGAUUACUACAGCGAGAGAGAGACUGACCUGAAGGUAGAGCUGACUGAGAAGCUGUUUGCUCUGGACACAGAGAGGCCCAAGAGUCCCGGAAGCAUCCAGAUGGACCUCAGCGAUCUGGACCUGGAGACCCUGGCUCCCUACAUCCCCAUGGACGGGGAGGAUUUCCAGCUCCACCCCAUCAUUCCCGAAGAGGCCCCCGGGGGGCCCGAGGGGGCUUCUGGCUUACCAGGCCACCCCACCACGCAGAGCAGCUUCAGCAACAUCGCCAGCCUCUUCCAGCCCCUCAGAUCCCCACAGUCUGCCCGCUACCAGUCUGCCGAGUGGUCCCGCGGGGACAAGAGAGGUCCGAACACCAGCCAGAUGGGAACUAUGGACCCCAGAACUAACCUGGCCUACACAGCCUCUACACAGAUCCCAUCCUACAAUGGCUCCCCCUGCGCCCCGCUGUCCUCCAUGGAUGGAUGUCAGAACAUCCAGUGGCCUCCGGAUCCGCCAUUACACUACCAACAGCAGGCGGAUGCCACGGCCGGAAGCCCAGCGUGUCAGAACAUGCCGGUCAACAGGAAGCACAAGCAGAGGUCCGUGGAGAACUUUUUACAGGCCUACAAAGAUAUGAGUCCGGCCAGAGUUGCCAUUGCCAACAACCUCAAGCGCUCCUUCACACCAAUGAUAAUGGGUGACACGACUCCCAGUAAAAUACCUGAGAUGAUGUGGAAGAGAAUGAGGAACGAAAACUGUGGCGUCAUGGAUAGGUCUCUCAGCACCAGUUCACUGCCAGAUAAAGGUAUGCGCAUACAUGAUGGGGUUGACCAGCACACCAGGUCUCUUCAGCAGCACAGGAAGUCCCAGUAUCCAGGAUGUGGGAACGAUGGACCCAAAAAAAACUUCCAAGAACAGUGCUGCAACUACAGACAAUAUAGUAUGCUGCCGUGUUCCAGGACAGAGUGGGUGGCCAGUCGGCUUCUGGGCCCAUCCUUCGAAACAUAUUGUCUGCCGGAGCUCACCCGCUACGACUGUGAGGUCAACAUCCCUCUCCAGGGCAAUCUGCACCUGCUUCAGGGCAGCGAUCUGCUUAGAGCCCUGGACCAGGCAACCUAGACAAGGCUUCCUCUACCCUGCGUACCCCAUACCUACACCCCUCCACUACUCCGAUCUCACCUCUGCCCAGCGCCCUCCCAACCCAUACCUUAGCCUCCACCAGUGCAACUUCAUCCCAGACUGUGGCCGCAGCUAAGCCCUCUGUCCUAAUCCCAAAAGACCUGGCACAUAUAACAUAGUACCACCCUCACCACCUAUCCCAUAAUAACGAGCCCCAUAGGAGCCUGUUUCGUCGACAAAGCAACACAAAACCUGCCUCCUCCACGCCCAUGUACCCCGUCAUUAGGAAAAUGUAGCUUCUGUUCUGUUUUUGUUGUCUUUGUUAACAUAAAUUAUACACUUUUUUUUGU